AGGGAGUGCAGGGAAGUUUGGCUCUAAGAGGCCACCGUUGGACGGUGCUAUUCCACACAAUACGGCGCAAGGCAGCCGCCAAGUGGAAGCCGACACGCUGGAGGUGGGGGCACCACGAGAGUCCCGCGGGCGGGCCGGCUUUGGUUCCGAGUCCCCUCUUUGCGGCCUCUGCCGGGAGUAGGUAGCUCCGGGGACGGACGCGGAGUCCCCGUGACCUGCAGGCGCGCAGAUCCGGAGCUCACGGCUGGUCCCGCCCAGGUCUCGCGAGAGCGCAGCCGCACGUCUCGCGAUACGUGGGCGCGGGCGUAGAAGAGGGAGAUCUGAGCGGCGGCGGCAGCAGCAGCAGCGGCGGCGCCCGGUGGGCUGAGGCGGUGAGAGGGAGGUGGCCAUGGAAGACCUGGGCGAAAACACCACCGUCCUCUCCACCCUGAGGUCCUUGAACAGCUUCAUCUCUCAGCGAGUGGAGGGAGGGUCUGGACUGGACGUGUCCACCCCUGCGCAAGGUUCUCUGCAGAUGCAGUACCAGCAGAGCAUGCAGCUGGAGGAGCGAGCAGAGCAGAUCCGUUCGAAGUCCCACCUCAUCCAGGUGGAGCGGGAGAAGAUGCAGAUGGAGCUGAGUCACAAGAGGGCUCGAGUGGAGCUGGAGCGGGCGGCCAGUACCAGCGCCAGGAGCUACGAGCGCGAGGUGGACCGCAACCAGGAGCUCCUGACGCGCAUUCGGCAGCUGCAGGAGCGGGAGGCCGAGGCGGAGGAGAAGAUGAAGGAGCAGCUGGAGCGCUACCGGCUGUGCCAGCAGAGCCUGGACGCGGCCAGCAGGAAGCUGCGGGAGGAGGAGGACAGCCUGGCCGAAGCCGGCGAGACCAUCAGCGCGCUGAAGGGGAGGCUCUCGGAGCUGCAGUGGAGCGCGAUGAACCAGGAGAUGCAGGUGAAGCGCCUGGAGUCCGAGAAGCAGGAGCUGAAGGAGCAGCUGGACCUCCAGCACAAGAAAUGGCAGGAAGCCCAGCAGAAGGUUCAGGAACUCCAGGCCAGCCAGGACGCGAGGGCAGACCAAGAGCAGAGGAUCAAGGAUUUGGAGCAGAAGCUGUCCCUGCAGGAACAGGACGCUGCGAUAGUGAGGAGCAUGCGGUCGGAGCUGGUGCGGCUGCCCACGAUGGAGCGGGAGCUGCGGCAGCUGCGGGAGGAGAACGCCUGCCUGCGGGAGACUCGAGAGGCCAGCGGGCUGCUCCGGGAGGAGCUGGAGGGGCUGCAGCGGAGGCUGGGGCGGCAGGAGAAGCUGCAGGAGAACCUCGUGAACCUGGAGCUGGAGAAUGAGAGGCUGCUGACGAAGCUGCAGAGCUGGGAGAGGCUGGGCCAGACCACGGGCUUGAGCAUCAGGACCCCGGAAGAGCUGUCCAGUUUCAUCGUGGAGCUGCAGCAGCGCGAGCUCACCCUGAAGGACAGAAACAGCACCCUCACCAGCAGUGCCCGGGGGCUGGAGAAGGCCCGGCUGCAGCUCCAGGAGGAGGUCCGCCAGGUCAGCAGCCAGCUGCUGGAGGAGAGGAAGAAGCGGGAGACGCACGAGGCCCUGGCGCGGCGGCUGCAGAAGCGCGUCCUGCUGCUGACGAAGGAGCGGGACGGCAUGCGUGCCAUCCUGGGGUCCUACGACAGCGAGCUGACCCCGGCCGAGUACGCGCCCCAGCUGACCCGGCGCCUGCGCGAGGCCGAGGACAUGGUGCAGAAGGUCCACGCGCACAGCUCGGAGGUGGAGGUUCAGCUGUCACAGGCCCUGGAGGAGCUGGGAGGCCAGAAACAGAGAGCCGAUGCGCUGGAGAUGGAGCUGCAGAUGCUCAAGUCCCAGGCGGGCCCGGCCGAGCAGAGCUUCCUGUUCUCCAGGGAGGAGGUGAGCGCGCUCAGGUUGAAGAUUGAGGAGCUGGCGCAGGAGCGGAGUCGUCUGGAGGAAGACAAGAAGCUGCUGGAAGCGCAGCUGGAGCGGCUCACCCUGCAGGGUGACUUUGACCAGAGCAGAACCAAGGUGCUGCACCUGAGCCUGAACCCGGCCAGCGUGGCGAGACAGCGGUUCCGAGAGGACUGGCAGCAGCUGCAGGAGGAGUGCAAGCACCUGCGGGAGCUGGUCCGUGCCCUGGAGGCCGGGGGCCCCGUCCCCGCCGACCUGGAGGCCGCCGCGGGGCUGCCCUCGUCCAAGGAGGUGGCAGAGCUGAAGAGGCAGGUGGAGAGUGCGGAGCUGAAGAACCAGCGGCUGAAGGAGGUCUUCCAGACCAAGAUCCAGGAGUUCCGCAAGGCGUGCUACGCGCUCACGGGCUACCAGGUGGACAUCACCACCGAGGGCCAGUUCCGCCUGACGUCCAUGUACGCCGAGCGCAAGGCCGACUGCCUCGUCUUCAAGGCCGCGGGCCCCUCGGGCACCAAGAUGCAGCUGCUGGAGACGGAGUUCUCGCGCACCGUGCCGGAGCUCAUCGAGCUGCACCUGCUGCGCCAGGACAGCAUCCCCGCCUUCCUCAGCGCCCUCACGCUCGACCUCUUCAGCCGCCAGACCGUGGCCUAGCACGGCCCCGGGCCCGCCGCCCAUCCGGCGGGGCGGCCAGCGACUCGGCUCGAGGGGGACCCCUGAGCCCCGCCCCCGCACAGGACCCCCGUGCAGGACCACCCUGGCCGGUGGGCUCCUGCUGUGAGAGGCGUCCGCGCCCUGGCCCCUGGCUCAGGCCCACUCUGCGGGGACGGGCCACCACCCCUCACCCUCCUUCUGGGAGGCAGGCGUGAGGCUGCCUGUGGAGGCGGCAGGGGUGGGUCUUGGGAGACAGUGCUCUGUGGGCCCGCUUCCUGUCCCCUCCCCGGGCACCCCCCACCCUCUGCUCAAGCCCGGCUGGGCCUGGGCCUCGCAGGUGAACCAGGGCUGCCAGCAGAGGCCCAGGCGCUUAUGAAAUAAAGGCGCCCCUCAGCACCGCACCCGGCUCAGCCUGUGUGUGUGAGCCCCUGAGCUGCCCGCCUCCCUCUGCCGAUGCUCGGUGCAGCCCCCGUGCAGGUCCAAGGCCAGGGCGGGGGGUGCCCAGGGGGCUGUGGGGUGGGCAGCCCAGGAGCCCCACUGGCAGGACAGGGAGCACGUGGACAGCCACCUUCUCCUGAGCACUGGGGAGCCUUUUCAUACGGCAGCGCGCCCCUCACCUGGGGGCUGGUACCAAGAGCUGGCCGGUCCCCACAGGGGGCAGGGUCUCCCCAGGUCCGAGGCCGUUGGUUCCACCGUCACGUCCCCUCCUCACUCGACGACGUCAGGACCUCUGCCCUGCAAGCUGCGGCGCUCUCGCCUCGUGGCAGGCGGUCCCGGGGGUCCUGCGUUUCGUGCAGACCCCUGUUUGGGGGUUUCAGGCAGACGUCAAAGUGGAUUCAGCCUCUGCUCAGCCCUGGGGCAGCCCAUUCCCUGCACCCCUCUCCUGCCGAGACCUUCCACGUGGCCUGGGCCUCCCCUCUCCCUCCCCCAGGAACCCAGCCCGCACUGGCUGUUCUCCCUGAGAAGAGACCAAGAGAGACCAAGAGCCCAAGCCCCUGUCUUGACUCCCCCCUGUCCCAAGCCCGUCGAGAGCUGGGGGCCGGCCCUCCCUCCCCCAGGCCUGGACCCGCCGGCCUCCUGCAGAAACAGGCUGAGACCAGAUGCUGCCGACAGUAAUAAAAUGCUCAAUUCCAAACCUGACACUAAAUCGUUAGCCCAAAGAAAGCACCACGAGGCCCGGGUGCCAGCACAUCCCCGAAUGCCGGCCGUGCUCACGGGGGGGCUGGCUCCGGGAUGGAGCGGACGGGACGUCACCCCUCCGGGUGGAGGUGGGGGCAGCUCUUGCUGAGACAGCUCAGGUCCUGGGGUCCAGCUGGGCCUGGCCGCAGGGAGAGGGUCACACGGCCAGGGGUGUCCUGGGACAGGGGCCAGGAUUGGAGCCCCUGACCUCUGCCCGGUGGGCAGCAGAGGGGGCCUUGGGCAUACAGGGGGUACGGAGGCCAGGCGGGCACCCCCCGCUCUAAACUCCAGCCAGCCCCGGGGGGGAAAGCCGCACACUGGGAGCAUUUGGGGCUGAGGAAUCGGGCUCAUGCCAGGCCCUGACCCCCUCCUGGUGACAUGUGGCCCCAAGAUGGGGGACCCCGGUCGCCUUAGCCCACAGCACCACCCUCCACAGUGACUCGUAAGCUGUCCCCUGGCCUUCGUGUCCCUCUUGAGUUAGUCCCUGGCGAGGUCUUGUGCCCCAGAGCCGGGCGCCACCCCCAUCCCCACUUGUGGAGAAGGACAGGGUGGUGCCAGGGCCCGGUCUCGCCCCUGCCACCAUCUCACCAGCUUCUCCCUCUGCAGGGGUCAGGUCUCCAGGGCCUCUCCCGGGUGCAGGGACACCCCCAGGUCCAGACCACCUCCCCAGCGCCAGCUCGGCGCCAGCCCGGGGGGGCAGCGAUUGUGCUGUGAUGGCAGCACCCCCUUCCCCGGAGAGAGCAGGCCUGGCCGCCCCACUGCCCCCUCCACCUGCCUGUGGCGUUGCGUGAACACGGGGAGCUGGGCCCCGGAAGGUUCUGGUUCUGGCAGACCCUCCGCCACCAGCUCGUUAGUGGGCAGUGAUGCUAAGUGGCUGUUAAGCUGCUAAUGACUAAUUUUAAGGAAUUAGUGCCGCGGCGAGGAACUGUAAUUGCCAGGAUGGAACAGGAUUUGCUGUGCAACGGGCUCUGUCCAGCUCCCCGGAGGACAGCACCGCCUGCCGAAGCCCCCCGCCGGGACCCGCCUCCCUCUGCGACCGUGUCCUGGCCACCAGCUCAAGAGUCUGUGAGGCCUGGUGCCUCUUUCGCCUCCCCGACGCCUGGUUCCUGUGCCUCUGGAGCUGAGGGAACGGCUGGACUGUCUCAGUUCCUCACGGCCUCCGUGUGGACCGCAGAUCAGCACAGCAGCCCCGCCAGCUGGUGGGACCCCCCGAAUUGGACUCUGCCUUCAAAGAGCCCCCGCCCGGAGCCACGGUCCGGUCCCCCAGGCUCCUGCCCUGCCCGUGCCGUUGACAAGGCUCCCUCCCAUCCGUGAGCCGCUCUCCCUCCCAUCAUGGGCCUGCGAGGGGGGCCUGCGAGGUGUGUCAGGCCCGGCCCCAAACCCCUUCCUGGCCAAGGUCAGCAGCCCGCAGCACCCCAGCUUCUGGGUCAAAGCAGGAUGCCAGGGUCAAGCAAGGUGCCAGGCCUCUGUGACUUGGGUGCAGGGCAUGGAGCCUGUGGCCGGGCAGGCGGGACUGUGCUUGUGAGUGUGUGAGAGUGACUGUGCUUGUGAGUGUGUGUGCGCACAUGUGCAUUUGCAUACACGGCUGUGCACACAUGUCCGUGUGUCGUGUGUGUGCAUAGUGAGGACAGGUGGCUUUACCAGCCUCCUUAAAUUCCUGCUUCAGGCCCAGAGAGGGGCAGGGCCUUGCCCAGAGUCACACAGCACAGGGGGCCACAAGCGGGGAGCAGGGACUGUGAGCAGACGUCUUCCGGCCCUGCUGCCUGUCUCGGCGUUUCCAUUGUCAGCCUUUUCUCUAUCUUCAGCUGCACAACUUGGAGGCACUUUUUUUUUUUUCUUGAGGCGCUUUCAAUGUAAAAAGAAAAGCCCUCAGCAGUGGCAACGUGCGUGCAAGGAAGGCCCCUUGGCCCGGUCCCAGCCUCGUCGGCCUGUGGCUGGCUGCACACCUGACACGGGAGCCAAGCGCUGUGUUUGGUCUCCCUGGGCUGGUGUGUGGCUUUAAAAUAACUGCGUGGUUCUGCUGUGUGGGUUUUUUGUUUUUUUUUUUUUCCCCUCACUUAACAAGUGUCUUGGAAAUUUUCCAUGAGAGCAUCUACUGAUGUAUUUCCUUGGGUUUGUGGUUAUUUUCAAAACACUUAAGAAGCUUUAUGGGAAACAAUAACCCACAGAGACGCCAUUCUCAUUUCAAGAAAAGUCGACAGCAUCCCCAGAACUCGGGCGCCGCGGAAGCGCCACCGUCGUCACGGUUAAAACAAGCAGAAGCUGAAACAAAACCAACAAAACUCAUUUCCAGGGGCACAGGAACCGGUCUCGCCUGUCUCCUUUUUUUCCCGGUCCUGGCCCCCCCGCCACCCCCCACCCCACUCAUGGCUCCAGAUUUUCCAGAGAUUGGGAGGUUUAGGGCUUUUUCUGAUUGGUUGGUGUUUCUGAGAACGGGACCCCGGCACGCGUGGGACAUGCCAGCCGUCGUAGGGUCUGGGCGCCCUCGUCCGCCCUGCGGGCCGAGCUGCGCCCCCCGGAUGCAGCUGUUGAGCUCCUGACCCCGUACCCCCGAUGAGACGGUGUCUGGAGACGGAGCCUUUAAAGAGGCCACUGGGCUAAAAUCGAGGCCUUUGGGCAGGGCCCUCCUCCCGUGACCGGGGUCCUAGUAGGAAGAGGAGACGGGGACAGACCCGGGGCAGCCACGUGAGCCUCGGGAAGGCGGCCGUCUCCGAGCCCCAGCCCUACCCGCCCCCGCGGCUCAGACGUGCCGCUUCCAGGACCGGGAGCCAGUCCGCGUCGGUGCUUCCUUGGGGUGGGGGCCGAGCUGGCCGACCCCCGGAGCCCGUUCUUUCCCGGGGCACCUAGCGCCCCCUGACGCUUCCUAGAGCUUGUUUGUGGAUAAGCUACAUGUUGCGGUGUGCACACACACAUUCUAGCACCUUCUCAUGGACACGCAGAAGCACGGUGGUGAGAGAAGCAACAUACAAGCCACGUGGGGAAUUUGAAAUGUUUGGGGGCCACACUGAAACAGAAGCAGUUGAAAUUAAUUUCAUUGAAUGUAUUUUAUGUAACUGAAUAAAGCCAACAUUUUAUUGCAACAUGGAA